AUGCUGCAUAGCAUCAACCCACCAUCAUCAGGGAACACCUUCGAUGCGUUCCGUGACAAGGCGAAGGGUGCCGGGCUGAGCAGCUCUCCUCCCGAUGGUCUGCCCGUCGGCGGCAAGCGUAUCUCUCGCGUCGACGUGGGUCUCAACGGAGCUCUGACGUUUAUUCCAAACGACAUCAAGGAGCCGCUGAGGACGCAAGUUGAGUUCAGCUUCAACCCGCGAAACCACUCAGUCACACAGUCAUCUUUCGAUAAGCCAUGCGAGCCAUCUGCCAACGGCUUCAGCAGUGGUCUCAUUCCCACAGCUCUUAGUCCGUCCGGGGUAACCUUCAGCAUCUUAGUCAACGAUACCAAGCCCAUUUGGUUCUACUGUGCGCAAACAACUGGAACUCUUUGUCAAAAGGGCAUGGUCGGAGCCAUCAACGCUCCAGAUCAGGGCAACACCCUCAAAGCCUUCACAGAACUCGCCUCCAAAGCACCCCCAAGCACUCUGCCCCCCAUGGCCCCUCUCGGCGGCGUUCUCCGCGCGAACAGAACGAUCCUCCCGAUGGUAAAUUCCGCCGUCGUCAACGUCUCCGCCCUUACAGCAGACAUGAUCGCCUACAUCCCCAAGCCGGGUGACAACGACCAGUACAUGAUGGGCAAAGCCGGUGGCUGCGCAAUCACGAACUGGAACUUCGGCACUAACAUCAGCGACGCGGCCGUGGAACAUCUGCAGCUCAUACAGUUCCUCGACAACAUCCUUCUCAAGGUCCUAUUCGAAGGGUACGAGAGUCUGCAGACGGGUGGCAAGUGGGCCAAUGUCUACCCCGAGACUAUUGUCGAGACGAUCGGGACAAUGGCGGCGCAGGCGUGGGUGCAUCGUGGCACGGCGACGGAUUCGCUGCAGCACUUUUCCAAGACGGUGUUGAAGGAGUGCGCGUACGCCAUUCCUGAUCUUGACAUCGAUGCGUUUCUGAGCACGACGCUUACGAUAUUGCUGUUGGAGAUUGGGCUGAUUAUUGACGCGACGGCGCUGCUGGCGCCGUCGGACCCGUGGCUCAUCCCGGCUCUCGCGACAUCACUCGGUGCCAAAUCGCGCAUGACAGCUGUUAUCAACCUGAUGCAGAACCAUAUUGCCGCGGCUGCGCCCCGUGAGGUUUCUAUCCCCGCUGAGCUGGUAUACUCGUACGCCAUGCAUCACUACGUGUCCUCGUGCCCGGAUAAAUUGGCCUGGGACAAGCCACUUGCUAAGUUGGACAUUAAGGGUCAGGGGUUGGACCAGGCCCAGAGGUUGAUGGGAGUUGAUGGGAGUUGA